GGAAAGCAAAAGAGGACAAGCAGCAGCGACGACAAGCGAAGAUGAGGAGCAUGACGCGGAGGCGGGGAAGGGGCGCAAUCGCCCUGGCUACGCUGCUGAUGACGAUGGUGUUGGGGUCCCGUUGCCACCAUGUCACUGCGUCCAACGUCACUGACACCAACGGUGACGAGCUUCAAGACAAGCGCCCAGGCCAUUUGCACUCGUGGGUGGUCGAGAUUGACGCGAUCGCCGGGAACACGACCCAGAUUGUGCAGGCGAUUGCCCGCCAUCACAGUCUGGAGGUGUUGGAUGAGCUGCCAUUCCGACCCAAUGCCUUCCACGUGGUACAGCACGAGUGUGGAGUGACGGUUGCUGGUGCUGCAGGCCGUGAGCAUCAUGCGCCAUCGCGCUGUCGGCUGCGUCGCUCUCAAGACUGGGAACCCGUGGGCCAACGCACGCAGCUGCUCCUGGCCGAACCCCACGUCACCAACGUCAUGCAUCAGCCGGAACACGUGCGUGUACGAAGGACAGGCUCUGACCCGCUGUGGUCCCAGCAGUGGUAUUUGAAGAACGACGCCUUUCCAUCCUUGCAGCAGAGCCCUGUCUGGGAUGAGGACAUUACCGGCAGCUCGGUUGUCGUCACCAUCGUGGACGAUGGCAUUGACUACACCCACCCAGAUCUCGAGGACAACUUCUACCCGCAGGCGUCGUUCGACUUCAACGACAACGACCCUGAUCCCAUGCCACGCGAAACGAGCACAAACAUCAACAAGCACGGCACGCGCUGUGGCGGUGUUGUUGCCAGCGCACGCUUCAACGGCGUCUGUGGUGUCGGCAUCGCAUACACAUCAAAGCUUGGCGGUAUCCGUAUGUUGGAUGGCCCCGUCUCAGAUGUUGUCGAGUCCAAGUCGCUUGGGUUUGAGCGCGAUGUUGUGGAUGUGUACAGCUGCUCGUGGGGCCCUGCUGAUGACGGCAUCGCAUUUGAGGGGCCAGGCCCGCUCACCCUCCAGGCAAUGGAGCACGGCGUUGCCUUUGGCCGAAGCGGACUCGGAUCCGUCUACAUCUUCGCCGGCGGCAAUGGCGGCCCAACGGACGACUGCAAUGCGGAUGGGUACAGCAGCAGCAUCCACACGAUCGCUGUCAACAGCGUGGAUCAGACGGGCUCCGUGCCCCAUUAUGCAGAGUCGUGCGCCAUGGCACUGACGUCUGCGUUCUCGUCUGGAACGUACACGACGAAGCGAAUUGUGACGAGCGACCUCCACCACCAGUGCACCACCACCUUCUCCGGCACCUCCGCGUCCGCCCCGCAAGCUGCCGGCAUCAUUGCCCUUGCCCUCGACGCAAACCCCUGCCUCUCCUGGCGACACGUGCAGGAUAUGGUGGUGCGGGCAAGCAGCAAGGACAACCUCAACACGCACGCCGGGUGGCAGGUGAACGGCGCGGGCCUGGACGUCAGCCACCAGUUUGGGUUUGGGCUGCUCAACGCGGACACGCUGGUGACGCUGGCGCAGGCGGAGCGGACCCAAUAUCCGCACCAGGCGCGCAUCGUCACGGACACACACCGCCCAAACCUCGUUGCCGAUCACGCACACUCGCAGUUUGAUGAUAUGCUCGUGACCUGUGACGAUGGCACCGCGAGCACGGGUGGCGACAACGACGCCGGUGGUGAUGAUGAUGAUGAUGACAGCAACAACAGCAACAACAACAGUGGUGGUGGUGAUGGCGGGCUAACGAGUAGCACACGCAACCGCGGGUGUGUCAAGCGGUUGGAGCACGUGGUUGUGACGGCGCGUUUCCAAACGGCAAAGCGCGGCGCCUUGCAGCUCACGCUGACCAGCCCCUCGGGCACCCGCUCCAAACUGCUGUCCUCCCGUCCAUCGGACACAGGCUCCUUGACAAUGACGUGGGAGUUUGGGAGCGUUCAGUUCUGGGGCGAAGGCAGCGCCGGGGUGUGGCGGCUGCAGGUGUCGAGUUCCAGCAGCCACGCGUCGCACACGCUGCUGGCCUGGCACAUGACCCUUUAUGGCACGGGAGGAAACUUAAAGCAGGGCAAGCUCACCACACAGCGAGACACGCUCACCUUGCACAAUGGCCGCACGUGCCGUGUGUGCCCAAAGGGCGCCUAUCCAGAUGGUGUGGGCGGGUGUAGGGAGUGCUCGUCAUCAUGCAAUCACGGCUGUUUUGGGCCUGGCAAAAGGGACUGCCUUUCGCCCCUCUCGUCCUCCACCACCACAAGCAACGAGCAACUACGAACCACCAUCAUGUGGGCGGCCAUCGGCAUUGCCGUUGCUGCGAGCGCCUACCUCGCGUUCUCGUUCGUGUGGACGCGAUGCAGGGCACGCGUCGCCUUGUUGGCGCUGCCACGCACCCAGCACGACGAUGGCGUCGAUGACGACAAUGACGGCGUUGAUUCUCGCCGGGACAACACCGGCAGCAGCAGCGGUGGUCGUGGUCGUGGGUACACUCAGCAGCAGCAGCAGCAGCAACAGCAACAACAAAGACGAGACAACCUGCAGGCGUUGCAGCCUCGCUUGCAGGACGAUGGCGGUGUGCAUGUGUUUGACAUGGAUGACACGUGUGCACGUGAUCGCGAGCACAUGCAGGCCAUCAGUGAGACCAACAUGCCAUUCGUGGUUUCGUUCAACAACGACGACUACCACAGCCCUGCCAGCUCCGUGGCCUCACCGUCCAGCCCAACAGCGCGGCAGUCUCUCCACUUGUAUCCCAGUAACGAUGGUGAUGGCUCUGACACCGCAGCUGUGGCGCGACCCCACGUGGACGGUGAACGGGGACGUGUGCACGCGAUAGAUCAUAACACCAGCAGCAUUAACAGUGGCAGUGGUGACGGUGUUGCGGCGGAGCAGUUUGGAGGCGGUAAGCGUGCUGUGGAGUACAGGGCCGUGGCGAGAGCACGUGCUGGCACGACAAUGCCGGGCAGCUCAGGUGAUGGGCUGAGCAGCAGUGAUGAGGAUGAUGAGGAUGACGUGUUCUCGUCAGAGGCACACGCGCUCACCAGCCCACUGCUGUCCAAGGUGUGACAUGAAUUUGGACGUGAAUGCGAGUUGAGUUUGCGUGAACAAUGCGUUUGUUGGCGGUCAUAAUCGAUGGUGAUUGCGCUCGUGAGCUGCUCGCCGGCCAACUGUGUCUGGAUUGUAAUUGAACACGGGGGUGACAGCAGGUCAUCUCAUGUACAUACGCUGCUUUGCAUCGAUAACUUCAAGCACUCUUUGAUUAAAAAAUUACAUCAUUAAACAUCAC